UUUCUGAACGAUUGAAGAAAUGCAUUCUGCUUAACAUUUGAAACCUUUACGACAGACAGCAAAAUAUAUGUAUUUGUGCGGUGAAGGAAAAAAGGAUAAAAUGGAAAGAAAUGAAGAAAAGGCCAAAAGAAGAGGAUAAAAAGAAGACUAAGACACAAAGAGAGAUAGCGUCUGUGAAUGGCAACAAAGGCAGUUCUUCUCCCGUGGCUUAUCCCAUCGCCGAGACACGUAUCGCUGUUCCCAGUGGUUCAAUUGCCGGCGUUGGAGACCGCCGGGUGGUGUGUAAGAAAGAGGAGGGCAGAAGACGUAGCAGUCUCCGUCGCCUUCAAUCCUUCUGGCAAUUUCGACAUCUCUGCCUUCGAGAAUGACCAAGGUUCGUACUUGCUCAAUUGAUUCAGAAUGAUAAAUAAAAAAAGGCUGCUACUAAUUAAUUAUGUGAAAGGCGUAGCAGAUUCAGAUAAAGUGGAACCUCCGAUGCCUCCAACGACCGGCCGGUACGAAGUAGUGAUCGACAACGACUCAAUUGGGCGGCUUGACCUAUCCCCGUUUCAGAGAGCCAUCGGCAUAACCUCGCCUGAUGAUUUUGGUGUAGCUGAACCAAAACGGUAUUUGGAUCGAACCAUCGGAUUCACCAUCAAUUACAAGAGAGAAGACCCCGGGGAUCCGCGGGAGCUGUCAGAGUACCCGGACGUAAGACUAUGGUUCGUGAGGCUCGACGCGAUGUACCCUUGGCUGCCUCUGCUGCUGGACUGGCGAGCUGGAGAACUUGCUCGAUACGCAGCCAUGUUAGUGCCGCACCAGAUGAGCUUGAGAAUGGGUGUCGUUUUCAAUCCGGAGGCGUUGGAGCUUUUCGUAAUGAACAAAGUGUUUGUGGUUUAUCCGUGGCUGAAACGGCACGGCGUCCCAAAGCCCAGGUUGAAGACGAGCGACAUGGCCAGGAUGCUCGGAUUCGGUAUCGGCGAUGAGCUCUUCGACUUGAUCGAUCACAAUGAAUGAAAAACGAUGUGUUCUAUCUUCAAAUUACAUACGUGGGCCUAAUUGUGGGCUUACAAUGAAAAAGGCCUGGGGAUGGUAAUUAAGAGGAUUUUUUUGGGUAUUUGAUACACACGUGGCGAAUAUUCAUUGGAUAAGUUGUAUUAAUAGCCGUAAAAUCUGGGAAAAUAAAUUCAAAAUCUCGAAUAUCUGAAGAGAAGAGAGAGCCCAUUC